UUCAUGGGCUAAUUCAUUUUUUUCACUCAAAAUUUUGUGUUACCUCAUCAAAAUUAUUAAUAAUUAAAUUAAAGCUUGUUAUUGUCAGAUAUUACUUUUAUUCAUUUUGACAAAUUUGUGUAUUUGUAUUUGAGGAAAAACAAAUCUAGGAUCUUUCCAAAUAUUUGAACCAUGAAUUUGCUACAAUCACAUAUUUAAACAGUUCCAAUCACGAGCACCUAAUUCAAGAUAGUGCAUAAUCACAGCUGAUUAGUCGUGAUCAGUCAUCUGUAACCGAUGACAUCACUGAUCAUGCUCAGUCAUCUGUAACUGAUGACAUCACUGAUCAUGCUCAGACAUCUGUAACUGAUGACAUCACUGAUCAUGCUAAGCCAUCUGUAACUGAUGACAUCACUCACUGAUCAUGCUCAGCCAUCUGUAACUGAUGACAUCACUAUUUAUGAUCAUUCAUCCGUAACUGAUGACAUCAUGCUCAGCCAUCUGCAUAAACAUUAGUCGCCAGAAAUAUAACAAGAUUACAAUAACAAAACAAAUUGAAUAUUCGAUGAAUGUUCUGAUUUAGCUUUAUCAGCAAUAGAAAAGUGUGAAAUAUUUUCAUCCAUCAAUGGUCUGAUCGAAAAUAUGCUUCUACUCAUAGAAUUGUAAAAAUAAAAAUUAAUUUUCAAUGAUUCACAAUGAUUUCCCUGUUGAGCACGGCAAACUAUUUGUGGCCACGAUGUUGCUAUUCUCUGUAAUAAUUUCACUGGCACAUUUUAUUUUUGAUUAUGAUUUUGUUCACGUUCCUGAUGUUCCUAAUCAUGCUUAUAUCCAGGGAUGGGCAAACUACUGCUCACAAGGGCCGCACUGAAUGGUUUGGCGGACCGGGUUGUGACCCACAUGCCGUCUGUUGCACACCCUUGGUUUAUUUUCUUUAUGCUGCUUUUAGAGUCAAGUAUUAGUUCAAUAUUUUAAUAAUGGUAUUUCUGAUUAUGCAUAAUUAAAAACAAAUAGAUCAGGGCUUGUAAGUUCAUGUUAGAAUUUACACUUUGCAUGAUAAUUUAUUGAAAUUAUAUUUUAUAAUUUUUAGGUGUUUAUAGUUAAUUAAAUAGAUAAAAAACUCAAAAAUGGAGCCCUUACUUCAGCCAGAUGCCAGGAUAUUCAAGCCUCUCAACAUACCAGAGAAAAUACUGAUGGGACCUGGACCUACUAAUGCUUCUAAAGUUGUGAGAGACGCCUGCAGUUUGCCAAUGCUGGGACCGGUAGAUAAAGAAUUAUUGCAAGUUAUGGAUGAUUGCAAAGCAGGUAUUCAAUAUCUUUUCCAAACGGAGAAUAAAUAUACAUUUGCUGUCAGUGGUACUGGGCACGCAGCUUUGGAAUGCGCAAUUAUGAACAUGGUAGAAGUGGGAGAUCGAAUACUUGUUGCUGAACAUGGAGUUUGGGGGUUCAGAGCUGCUGAUAUGGUAAAGCGAGUGGGUGGCAUCCCGAUCAAGAUAACACGCCCCCCUGGAGAAAAUUUCCAAUUGUCAGAUUUUGAAGAAGGAUUAAAGCAAAAUUCAGCAAAAAUGUUGUUCAUAGCUCACAGCGAAUCGUCAACGGGUGUAAUACAACCACUAGAGGGACUCGGAGAUCUAUGCCACAAAUAUAACUGCCUUCUGCUUGUUGACACCGUUGCUUCCAUUGGAGGAUGCCCGGUCUACAUGGACAAGCAAAACAUUGAUAUUCUCUAUUCCGGAUCUCAGAAAGUGUUGAGUUGUCCUCCAGGACCUGCCCCAAUCUCGUUUGGUUCUCGAGCAGUUGAGAGUUUCCGAGCUCGAAAAACACCUCCUGUGUCUUUUUAUUUUGAUUUUGAUCAUCUGACUAAUUAUUGGGGGUGCACUGAGGACCCUGUCAGAUACCACCAUACUGGUAUGAUGAGUAACCUGUAUGGAUUCCGUGAAGGUCUUCGCAUUCUCGCGCAGGAGGGUUUGGGGAACUGUUGGAAUCGUCAUCUGAAAUGUGCAGAAUUGUUCCACAGCACACUGGAGACAAACGGAUUUGAAUUAUUUGUCAAAAAUAAGUCUGCAAGACUUCCCACUGUCACAGCAAUCCGUAUCCCAAAAAAUGUCAAUUUCGCUGAAUUCAAGUCUCAUGUUCUAAAGAACUGCAAUAUGGAUAUAAGCGGAGGCCUGGGUCCGACAGCGGGUCUCGUGUUCCGUGUAGGAUUGCUGGGCGAAAACUGCACUACAGCUCGUGUCGAUAUGCUCGCAAAUGCAAUGGUCAAAGCUUUGAAAUUUUGUUUAAAAAAGUAAUUUUUCUUGUUUUGUAAUUUUGUCGUUGGUGCUAAUUUUGGUAACUGAAAUUUAAUGACCGAUGAUUAUAUAUAGUUGGAAUAGUUGCAUUUUAAGCUCUAAUGAAAUUGAACAUUUCAAUUUAACUUUGUAAACGUUGCCCAGAGACGAGUCUUUUUUACUUCUGAGUGAGUGCCUGUAAUUUUAUGUCGUACUCAAAUCUCACAUACUAGCGUCAUUUCAUGCAUGGCCUCGCAUGAUUAUACAACAACAAAACAUAUUUAUCGUUUGAAACAUUGAAUUGUUUUGUGCAAUAUAGAACGCCGAAAACUGCUGCUCUAAUGUAAAAUCAAGUGUUCCCUUUGUUCGUAUAGAAGUGCUCCCAUGCAAUAAAAAUUUUAGGCAACACUAUUAUAAUAAAACAUUAUUUUUUGAAUAGUAUUCGGUUCUAGACAUUAUUUUAAACAGUUGCAUUUUUUUGUGUGCAAUAAGGAAUUAUGUGUUACAGGAUUUAAUUUUUUUAUUAUUAUCAAAAAUUUGAAUUUCUCGUAGCUGAAAGUUUGGUACUCCUGAAGUAUGCGCACCAAGAUGUCGCACAACCUGAACCCUGACCUGGUACACAAUCUGAGUUCAGGUUGUGCGCCAUCUUGGUGCGCAUACUUCAGGAGGUCCGAAAAUUUUUCUUUGCUCUGAGUCUGAGCUCCCAUACCCCCAGGUGUUAAACGUUAUAUAAUUUAAUCAUGACUGUUACAUUUUUUGCUUUCAAUGGUGAUUAUUAGUGCAACAUCAGCUCUGUUCAAAUAUAUGUUCUUUUUUAAUCUGUAUUUGCUCUGAAGAAGGCUUUGAACAAGCAAACCCAGAUUAGAAUUAGUACUGAAGCAAUACAACAGGGUGUCCAUGAAAUCCCUUUACUUUUCAAUUCCAAUUUUAUCGUGAAGUCAGUUCUCAAUAUAUCUAAACCGGGUUUGUUGUUUCUAAUCAGUAACUGUUCAAGUAUUUUUACUUCAUUUAAUACAUCUGUGAAGGCCAAAACAAUAUAUGGUAUUGAUAAAUUCCCUUCGCAAUUUAAAAGAAAGCUAAGACAUUAUGGACAAAAAAUUCAAGAAAAGCUGAAUAUUCGAUACACCUUAUACAUCCAUAUUUCAGAUAGAAUGACCUCACCCAGUGUGUAAUAACUUGAUAUGCCUACAUGAUUGCCCUACAUAUGCUUAUCGUGUGUGCCAAGCAAUAAAAUUAACAAUAAUCGAAUAUACCAGGGGUUCUCAAACAUUCAUGACCAUCGUUGCCCCCUUUUGUAAGUUUUAUAAGACUCUGCUCUUCCAAAAAAAAAAUGUUUCCAUCAAGAUACCAUCAGUUACUUAUUUUAGUAAUGAAAGUAAAAAAACAAAUGCAUUACACUUAAACCUCGUUGAUCAUUUUUUUCUGAUUCAGUGGAAAAUCAAAUUGCCAAUUUCCUUAUCUUAAUUUGUGUGCAAUGAAAUAUGGUAAUAAAAUUUGAAAUCAUUUAG